UCGUGAUGGAGUUCUGUCCGCUGGGGACUAUGAACAACUUUCUGCUGAAAAACGGACCCCCCUACAACGAGCAAUUCAUGCGGCAGAUCGCCGAUGCUGUCGCCUACCUGCAUGGCUGUGGCAUUGUGCACCUGGACCUGAAACCUGACAACGUCCUGGUCUCUGGUACUGAACAAUUACCAAUCGCAAAGGUGGCUGACUUUGGACUGGCUAAGGUGUGCGGAAACGCAUUUGGUGACAUCUUUUCUCAGUACUACCUGCAAACAGCUAUGGCAUUCCGUUGGUACGCUGCCCCGGAGAUUUGGGACCGUCACUACACCAAGAAAUGUGAUGUCUACUCCAUGGGUGUCAUGUUUGCUGCCAUGCUUGACCGUACAACAAAAACUGUCGAUGGUGAACCCCUUCUAGUUGUCUACAUCAAUGGGGAGCCAGUGGGAGAGGUGCAGAGUGAGAACCCAGAAAUCAACCUGGCAGAUCACAUCAUGACAAGACAACCAGACAGCAUGCUCAAACAAAUGAUUCUUCACAUGAUGGCAUUUGACUACCAUACCCGUCCCACCGCCGCUGAAGUCAACACAUCAAUUCGUCAAAUACAGUCGGAGCCAUGUACACUGUCGUGA